CCACGCUAAGGAUAUUCUUGCCUUGGGCGACAUUUUGCUAAAUAACUAUCCUGCACUUCACGCCUUGUGGUAGCGCAUCGUGCGUUAAGAAGCUCUAAUCCGUACUUCCCGCACAACACCAAUACUGGCAAACAUGGAAGCCGACUUCCGUCGGAUGACGGUGAUUGAGUUGCGCCAGGAGCUCAAGCGACGCAAUUUGCCGCAAACAGGAAAGAAGGCUGAUCUCAUUGACCGGUUGGUCGCGUUCGAGGGCGAGCAAUCCGCCUCAGAGCCCCACGACGACUCGGUCGAGGAGCGCGCCGAAGCGCGUCAAUCGCCACCUGUGCAGAACGCACCGCGGCCACAGUCUAACGGCAACUCGAAUUUACCACUUGAAAACCAAUCCGUAACUGAGCCGCAGCCCUCGAUCGACAAUCACAACCCAGAUACCACACCCCUAGCUGAAGGUGCAGUUUUGGCGUUCACCCAGACUCCGGCCGCCGAACCCACAGAGGUCGAGCAAGGUGGCACCGAAACCACCGCUGUCGUCACGGAAAUCGUCAAUGAUACUUUGAGCCGGAAGCGACGGUCGCGAAGCCCUCCCCCGGAUAACGAGCUAUCCAGAAAGCGUGCACGGCCCAGUGACGAAGUUGGCGAAGCAGCGACACCCGAUUCACACGACCACUCCCAGUCUCCUGGCGAUAACCACGUUGACAACGCCACUGCUGAAGACCCGAUUGGUCAGGAAUCUUUUGUGGUGCAGCCGGUGCAUUCUUCGCAAACAGCGACUGAAAGCAAGCAAACAGCGGUGGAAAAUAACACAACUAUCCAGGAGACGGCCCACUACGACCAAGAAGAGCAAUACGUCGCAGCCCAAGAGCGCGACUGGCGUGACAGCCGGGAAACCACUCCGAUUCACCUUCAAGGGCGACAAGGCGACAUUGUUGAUGAGCGCAUGACUGACUACGACAGAGAGGUUGCGCCAGCACAGCACCCCGCUACAUCUGCGCUCUACAUCAAGAAUUUCAUGCGCCCUCUGAGGGAGCCAGUGCUCCGGGACUACCUAGUUGAUCUUGCCGCUACCCCGGGUGCUGCCCCAGACCCCGACUGUGUGGUUGACUUCUACCUCGACCAGAUCCGCACUCACGCGUUUGUGCAAUUCACCAGUGUUUCCGCGGCCUCGCGUGUUCGGACUGCUUUACACGGAACCGUGUGGCCCAACGAGCGCAACAGAAAAGAACUCUGGGUUGAUUUCAUUCCCGAGGACAAGGUGACUGAGUGGGCCGAUCGUGAGCAAUCGGAAGGUGGACGAGGAUCCUCGGGCCGCUGGGAAGUCCACUACGAAGCCGACGACAACGGGGACAUCACCGCCAGACUUGUGAACGCAGAGAUGGAGCCUGUCCAACGCAACUCAACGCGGCAGCCUUUAGGCCCUCCGCCCGUUCCAACGGGUCCCGCCCGCAACUACCCAGGUGUCGAGGGAGCACCCUUGGGUCCACGGGGCAGGGGAACAAACCACUACCGCCAGGCGCCGCCGCCGCCUCCCCCGGCAUCGAGCACUAGCGGCCGCGACUACAGAAUCACACGGUCAAACCCGCCUCUCGAAUACAAGCCGGUCUCCGAGGAGGUAGCCGAGCGUCGGGUGGCCAACAUUCAGGCGCAUAUCACCAAGGACCGCCACCGGGAUCUAGGUCGCCCAGACGAGAUCAACCGGUACACCUUCGAGGACGGUGAUUUGUUCGUCGACCGAGGCAAGGAAGCCUUCAUUGGCAUUCGCCCUCCGCACCGCGAACGGGAGCGCCAACGUCUCGGCAUCGGCCGCGGAGGCCGCAGCGCACCUCCAGUCGCAGCCCCAGCCCCCCGCCGGCGCAGUCCUUCCCCGCGCCGCCCGUUACGCGACGAUGACGUCUACCGCGGUAGCCGCGAUGACUAUCGCGACCGUGAUCGUGAUGGCUAUCGGGACCACCAUCGCGACGAUGUGCCCCGCUCUCGCUUCGACGGCCAGCCUCUUCCGACCUUCGCCGGCGGCGGUGGCCGCGGCGGUCGGCGGGGUGGCGGCAGACGGGACCGCUAUUAAAAAAGCAACAUCAGUGACUUGUAGCGGCAGAUUAUAGCUUGGGCACCGAGAGAUCAACCUGGCUACCUACGGAGUACUCCAUUUCCAGAAU